AUGGGUACCCCGCAUGUCUGCUUCGCCGAUGAGCAGCAGCACUUGCAACACAAGACCGCCAGCAAUGGCAGCCUGAACAACAACAACAAUACCAGCAGCGGCGGCGGCAGUGGCAGCGGUAGCCAGUCGAAACUGGAGGUGGGCUACAACAACACCCCCUCGCCGGGCGGCAGCCUCAGCGUUUCGCCCACACCCCGCUACGAACGCAAUCUGGGCUUCUUUCGGCAGCUGAGCCGCCGCUUCGGCCUGAGGUCGCAGGAUGACCUAGUUCAGUCGGAUGACGCAGCCAGCGUUGCAACAUCCAGAGGAGUCGGCAUCGCAGUGGCCGGGGUCACGACGCUCCAAGAGGAGGACGCGCACAGUUCAUCGACCGACUCGUGCUCCUCGGGGCGUGGCCUCAACGCUCACCAGUCGCGACUGGAGCUGAUGUCCAUGUCGUGUGCCUCCAGCGAGACGAGCAGCACCCUGGACAUCGAGGAGCAGCAGGAGCAACUGCAGCAACAGCAACAGCAGCAGCAGGCACAACAGCCAUUGCAAUCGAAGAGGAAGCCGAUUAGCCGGGCAAGUUUCUCGCGUCUGCACCGCCGCUCCACCUCCUCGCUGCGUCGCGCCUUCGAGAGCCUUUCGCUGACCUCGCGUUCGCUGUCCUGCAGCGGCCUCCCCCCUCCGCCGCCGCCGCCACCCCCAUCUGCAUUGCCCCUCAAGUCGGCUCUCAAAUCCGCCUCGAAUGUGGAGCUGCACAGGCAGCAGCAGCAGCAGCAACAUCAACACCAUCACCACCAGUCAGCUGGCAGGUCAUCAUCAUCGAGCUGCAGUUUGGCGUCCAAAAGCAAGGUGAAGCCGCCGCCGCAAAGGAUCCUGCGGCAGCCCGUCUCCUACACAUAUCUCAAAGGGAUGUCCGGCCUGCCGACGCAGCGGGUGCCGCGCAGCUCCGUCUGCUGUCAGUAUGCCAGGCGCUAAGGAUCUCCAACUAAGUCGUUUAUCACCCAAGAUAGCCAGGAUUCAGCACUGAGAAAAAAGAAAGAGUAAGCGCAGUAUCAGCAUCCAAUAAUCAGCUAAUUGAGCAAUCACCUUUACUCAAGUAUCCUUUUUUCCAAUUAUAAUUCAUAGGGUAAAAACAUUUUUUAAUACAA